AUGUCCAAUGAUUCUUUGCAGUCUCCUGUUGAUGUCGUCGAUGUUGAUGAGGAGACAAUCUGUGGUGAAGUUGACGUAGACAGGUCCGAUUCAAAACCUCAUCUCAAAUUUCGCAUUCUUCACCUAUUGCCUUGGCUAAGCAUUGGUUCGCUUAUUGUCACAUCUGCAUUCUCCUUUACGCUGUGGGUAAACAUGCCCGUUGCUCAUCUUGCUGUAUACUCUCCGGCAAGGGUUGCUGUCGAGCCUACUGCUAUAAGGUUCGUUGGGACCAUCGAGGCUACCUCUAUCUAUCGUAUCGACGGUGGGCCUCUCGAAAUCCCCACUAUAAUGGCCCUCCUUCCCCAGAAAUCGAUGCCGCUUGGGCCAGGAUUUCUGACGAUGUGCCACCCACCCGGAUUACGAUUGACGACCUACAACUUUCUUCGCAAAGCCGCUUGGCCCGACCAUUACAAGUUAAUAGAUCCCUGGUUCCAGCGGGACCCCUCGUUAGUCCGAAUGCAUCUCGAUGACUGCAUCGAACUGAUCAGGCAGUCUAUCAUGUGUCAUGCCGAGGCCGCCAUAAUCACGUGGGACUGGGUAAAGAACCACAUAAAACCCUACCCUAACUUCAACACCCGUCAUGCAUGUAGGAAAUUUGAGAACGUUUUGGACUGGGCUGUCCAACAUGGUGAUCGAUCCGAAGUUACUCGCAUGGAGGAUACGAUCGACCUCCCUUUGCCUCAUCAGCACAAUAUAUGAUGCGUCCUGCAGCAUGAGAGACAUCACACUAUGAUAAAUUACUUAAUGAUAAUGUUCUUCGAGGCGAAACGUAACGGCUAUAGAUCCUAUGUCAUUCCAUAAUGUGGUGCUUGCCUUACUACCGGAAUCAUGAUAACUAGGGCACUGAUAAUUCGAAAGUGACUUAUCGUCUCCCAAACACAUAAUGCUCGGCUCUUUCACAAGCACAUCGAUGGGGACCCCCCUCUCCUUGCUUGUAGCGUUCGAUUGCAAGACCCGGACAGAUAAAAUAUUAAAGUGAAGCUCUAGAACGGAAAGCUCAAGACACCAUGCCACAACCGAGGACGCAAAGACAAAUGUCAAACACAAUUUUGGGAGAUGGGAAUGUUCAACAAGAGCGCUUCCCCACAUUGUGAGCCAGUUGCUGGCGCUGACGAAGGAAUACAGUCC